AUGGCCGACGAUGCAGACAGUGAGAUUGAAGUGGAGGAGACUGAGGGGAAUCCCUUGGAUCCAGCUUUCUUUGUCACGAAGCCGACAUGGUGCCUCACAUCAGGAACAGUGAAGUGGUACCCUGAGAUUGACACACAGGGAGGAGUGGAUUUUGUGAGGCUGAGCAAAUUUGACCGCCAUUUUGUCAAGUUCUGUCUGCAGAGGCCCAUGGAUUUGUCUCGAGGUGUUGGCAGGUCGGCCAACAGCACCCUGUUUGAGGAUCUGCUGUCUCUGAGAAAGACCGCCAGCGUCGCCUCAGUGAGUGCACAAAUGGAGAUGCCUGAAACAGAGGUGGAUGACGCGGCAGCAAUGACAAAACGCCGCAAGAAACGAGUGCGUGAUGAAGAUGUGUGCUUGGUUGAUCCUGUCGCGACGAUUUGGCUCCCAGAGCUUGAGUUCAAAGGUGAAACAUUUCCUUCACGCGAAGUCAAGGUGCUGUUCGGGGUGAAGUCCAAGGCACUGUGGAUGGAGUUGAGCCAUGACAAUCUCACGUACACGCGCGCGUGGGUUCAGAAGGGUGAGGGACAAGCUCCUGCGCGGAAGAAGCGGUGCUCGCCAAAGAAGAAGCUUCGACGCGGGAAGCCUUUGAGCCCGUCACCAGAGAAAAAACAAAGGAAUUCAUUUCCUGAAACCCAGCUCUAUGAGGAUGAGCCCACUCUGCCCAAGAGCCCAGCACUCAGGUCGUCCCCAGCCUCCAUCAUUUUGAUGUUAGCAGUAGUUAGGCCUGUUUCACAGAGGCCUUUGAGUGGGUUUUUGAAAGGGCAUGGAUGCCUCGAGUGUGGCGAGCACUGA